AUGCUCAUAGUGGAGAAGACCACAGACUUCCCCUCAGCCGAGUUCUCGCUGGUGGAGGAUGUGGCUCUGCACUUCACCUGUUUGAUGGACAGGCUGAACAAACAGCGCCUCUUCCAGCCUCACCUCUGUGACGUCGACAUCGUCCUGGUCCGGCAGCACAGCACCUUCCCCGCCCACAAGGGGGUGCUGGCCGCCUACAGCCCCUUCUUCCACUCCCUCUUCGCGCAGAGCAAGCAGCUGCGGCGCGUAGACCUGUCUCUGGAUGCGCUCACGUCGCAAGGCCUUCAGCAGAUCCUCAACUUCAUCUACACGUCCAAACUUUCGGUGAGCGGCCGCACUGUCUGUGACGUGCUCAACACCGCCACCCUCCUGCAGAUGAGCGACAUUGCGGCUUCCUGCCGGGACCUCAUCAGCAACCACUCGCUCCAAAGCUUGGAAAUGGAUGGUUCGAGCGGCGUCGACCCGGCUCCCACCACGAUUACGCCGAGCCAGUUCUACCGCGAGAUCAAGCAAGAGGCCGAGCUCACCAAAGUGUUCACGCGAGAAGGUGUCGGCCCGUUCACGGUGCGAGUGGAGGAGAAAGCGCAGUUAAAGCAGUACUAUCAGAAAGAGGAGGUCUCGAGGGGGCGAGCUGAUGGGGGCGGAGCUGAAGGGAAAGGGGAGGAGUCUAAAACAGAAGGCCACACCUCAUUUAAUCGCGAUCAAAUUAUCGUGGAAGUGAACCUCAACAACCAGACGCUCAAUGUAUCCAAAGGAUCUAAGGGAAAAGUGGAAAACGCAGAGACUGUAGUGUUUGAUCGCUGCCGUGGUAACAAUGCCGAUUUCGAGGAUGACAACGAUGAAGAGGAGCGUAAAAGUGCUGAGAUGCUGGGCCAAAGCAGCGAGGAUGACACGGGAGAUGAAGAAGAAGAUGACGAGGGAGAAGAGAACGCCGUGGACAUCCCUGGGUUAGAGCAGGCGGCCAUUUUGGAUCGACCCUUCCUCCGCACCAGAAGCUUAGCCGAAGCCACGCGAGGGGCCAAUCAGAGCGGGGUCAGGCUACUGGAGGUGGAGGGGGCGGGGCAGAAGGUGAGGCUGGAGGAGAAACAGCACUUCUCCUGUAAAAAGUGUCCCAGGGUCUUCAAUAACCGCUGGUACCUGGAGAAGCACAUGAACGUCACUCACAACCGCCUGCAGAUCUGUAAUAACUGUGGGAAACGCUUUCUGUUGGAGAGUGAGCUGCUGCUGCAUCAACAGACCGACUGUGAGAAGAGCAUACAGUGUGUGACAUGUGGAAAGGCCUUCAAGAAGUUGUGGUCACUGCACGAGCACAACAAGAUCGUCCACGGUUACGCUGAGAAGAAAUUCUCCUGUGAGAUCUGUGAGAAGAAGUUCUACACUAUGGCUCAUGUCCGAAAGCACAUGGUCGCUCACACGAAGGACAUGCCGUUCACCUGUGAGACGUGUGGGAAGUCGUUUAAGCGCAGCAUGUCCCUGAAGGUGCACUCUCUGCAGCACUCUGGGGAGAAACCCUUCAAGUGUGAGAACUGCAGCGAGCGUUUCCAGUACAAGUACCAGCUGCGCUCCCACAUGAGCAUCCACAUCGGUCACAAACAGUUCAUGUGUCAGUGGUGCGGCAAGGACUUCAACAUGAAGCAGUACUUUGACGAGCACAUGAAGACACACACUGGGGAGAAGCCGUACAUCUGUGAGAUCUGUGGGAAGAGUUUCACGAGUCGUCCCAACAUGAAGCGUCACCGGCGCACGCACACGGGCGAGAAGCCGUACCCCUGCGAGGUGUGCGGCCAGAGGUUCCGCUUCUCCAACAUGCUCAAGGCCCACCGCGAGAAAUGCUUCAAACUGAGCUCCCCCCAGGCCCCAGAGAGCGCGGACCAGCCUACCUCUCCUGCCUCUGAUACCUCCAGUCAGCUGCAACUAGUGGCCACAUCAGGAACUGCACCCACCAACCAGAAUCUUCUCCCCGCCGCCCAGAUGCCCCAGCCUCUACAGCACUCUGCGGGGGGUCGGUCUCAGUCUCCUCCUCAGCUCCCCCCUCCUCCGCCGCUGUUCUCUUCUGGAACAACUUUCUCACCAUCGGAACGCACUUUCUUAGGCGAGCGGCGACAACACGAAGGUCUCAGAGGAAAACACACACCUAUCGCAAACUCGUUUUUUACAGAGUGA